UUAAUAUGGGGCUAAGACUCUGUAGUCAGCCUGUUAUACUCCUUAUCAUAACAAGACGCAGAUAAGGUGACCAUGCAACCAUAUGACCAUAUGAAUAUGUAUAUGGUUCCCAAUCAAGGUAUACCAGGCUGUCCGCCUGGAUUAGAGUACCUGACACAGAUAGAUCAGCUUCUCAUAAAACAGAAAGUUGAGAUCAUAGAAGCCCUGGCAGGCUUUGAGAGCAACAACAAAUAUGAGAUCCGUAACACGAUGGGUCAGAAUGUGUACUACGCAGUGGAGGAGAACGACUGUCUGACACGCCAGUGCUGUGGCCCACUGCGAUCUUUCACCAUCCGCGUCCUCGAUAACUUUGGACAGGAAAUCAUCACAGUCAACCGUCCACUCAAAUGCAUGUCCUGUUUCUUCCCAUGUUGUCUGCAAGAGUUGGAGGUCCAAGCUCCUCCAGGGAACACAGUGGGAUAUAUUCUACAGCAGUGGCACCCUUUCUUCCCCAAGUUUACCAUUCAGAAUGAACACAGACAGCCAGUUCUCAAGCUCCAUGGCCCUUUCUGUGGCUGGAGCUGCCUGCCAGAUGUGGAUUUUGAGAAGAAAGACAUCUCGAAUGGCAGGAGGAUUUUAACAAUGGAUGAAGUCCGUAUCGGGAAGAUCAGCAAGCAGUGGACCGGACUUCUCCGGGAGGCAUUCACUGAUGCAGACAACUUUGGAAUUGAGUUCCCAAUGGAUCUUGAUGUGAGAAUGAAGGCUGUGAUGAUCGGAGCCUGCUUUCUUAUUGAUUUCAUGUUUUUUGAAACAAAUAACUAACUGCUAUGCAGAAGCAUGUGAGGGUGGUAGACGUCCAGCUCUGUGAAAACGGUUGAAAAAAGAAGACUCGACAUUUACCUUUGCACAACAUACAUCUGUGAAUGCAAAAUGAAUGCUUGUGAAUAUAAGAAGAAGAAGAAUGAGCUUUUAUAGACUUUGUGAAGUCGCUUCAGGUGUGUGAUAUAACUGGUUGUACUAACUAAAGUGUAUUGUUUUAUUUUUUAUAUACACAACAGAUUAUUGUGAAUAUUUCCUGCCAUAGAUAGCUUUUUAAAGAAAUAGUUCACCCACAAAGGAAAAUUCUGGCAUCAUGUACUCACCCACAUGUAAUUUCAAAACCGUAUACCUUUUUUUUAUUUCAUGAAACACAAAAGGACAUGUUUAAAAUAUGUCCUGGCUGCUCUUUUCCAUACUUUGAAAGUGAAUUGGGGACUGGGGGCUGUGGAGUUCCAAAAAAUGAGCAAAAAUGGUUAAUUGAAAUAAUUUACUAUUAUUAAACAAAAUUGAACUAAACAUAUAGUUCAAAUUUUGUGUCCUGAACCAACAAAAUCUAUACUGGUAUUAACAUAAAAUUAGUUUUACUGUGUACAAACUCUUAGUUUUACUCUACACUUUUCGUUUAUUGACUAAUAACCCCAAAAUAUAUGUUUGCAUGCAAACAUGUAUGGCAGACUGUUGCAAGUGGACAAAAACAUCAUUUUGUCAUGGAAAUGAGUAGCAAUUUCUUAUUUAUUGUAUGAUUUACUUUUUUUUUUUUUUUUGUCAACAUAAGCUAUAAUAUAAUUUGUGGAAUUUUUAAGGUCAUUUUUAGUAGUACUCAGUGUUUCCACUAGAUGGCAAUGCUGAUCUUUAAGCAUACAUAAAUACUUUGUUUUAUGUUUGUUUUCUCGUCAUUCAGUUAUUGUGUAUUUUCAAAUGAAAUUAAUUAUUAUUAAUGUUUGAUAUGUCUCAGGUAUGCUAACCAUCAAUGCUUUGUGAACACCCAUUACUGUAUAGUUCACGUCGUACUGUAAUACAGAAUGUAUUCUAAGAGAGGUACUGUUCUAGUGUGUGUAAACAAAUGUAAAACUACUUAUUUUGGCACAUUACUAAUGUCGGAGUUACAAUGGUUCAUCCAGUGGUAAACACACAUUUAUAAAUUACACUGU